UUGUAUAAAUAGUCACUCAUACCUCAUCAUUCCUGUACGUCUGGCUGGGCAUUCACAUUGGCAGAAUGUAAGACACACUAAGGAAGCCAAAGAUAAGGAACGUGUCCGUGUAACUACGACUGUUCUUUAUCAGAUUGAUGCCGCAAUUAAGAGUUGUGGUGGCAUACGAGAUCCAAAGCUUAAUAGUAAACUCGCCGCCGUCAUUGCCGAUGCAAAGUCCAAAAAUGUCCCGAUGGAAACUAUAAACAGACGCCUUUCUGCCCAGGAUAUAACUGAUCCUUAUGUUAUAGAAAUACAAGCACCUGGUGGCAUAUUCUCCCUCGUAGAGACCCGUUGCAAGUCUGUAAAAUCAACUAGAGAUAAGGUACAAGCCAUUGCAAAAAAAUAUGGCUUUAAAGUUACGAAAUCAAAUCAAGGUUCAAUAGCCAGUGAAUUCUUUGAGCACAUUGGUGUCGUCUCUGUUGCUCAUCAGAAAGCUCUGGAAAAUAUUGAUUCGGCAACUGAAUUGGCUAUCGAGUGCGGCGCUACUGAUGUAAGAGAGUCCGAGAUCGACAUUGGAGUUAAAGGAUUUGAGUUUCACUGUGAAUUGAAUGAUGUGGAUAGCGUUCGACAAAAGCUUGUUUCUCGUGGUAUUGACGUCUAUGAAUCAUAUUGCCCUUAUUUACCACGUCAAAAAGUAGCUGUUUCAGCCGAAAGCGGGCGCCUUAUCAAUGAGAUGUACAAUCGCCUUCGUGAGGCCAUUGAUUACGCCGACAAUUUUUACGACAACUGCGAUUUAACCGAAUAA